ACAAAAUCCGACCAGCUUGUCAACUGGGCGAGAGAAGGGUCUCUUUGGCCAUUGACCUUCGCAUUAGCCUGCUGUGGCGUCGAAAUGAUGGGAGCAUCGAUGCCUAGAUACGACCAGGACCGAUUAGGGAUCAUCUUCCGCGCCUCACCACGUCAGUCCGAUGUUAUGCUGGUUGCUGGCACAGUAUGCAACAAGAUGGCACCCGCAUUAAGGCAGCUCUAUGACCAAAUGCCAGACCCAAAAUGGGUUAUAAGUAUGGGAAGUUGCGCCAAUGGAGGCGGAUACUAUCAUUAUAGCUAUAGUGUUGUGCGCGGCGUGGAUCGCAUUGUUCCAGUUGAUAUCUAUGUGCCGGGAUGUCCACCCACUCCAGAGGCUCUGUUACAGGGCAUCUUCCUGCUGCAAAAGAAAAUGCGAAGGACCCCCGUGACCAGGAUGUGGUACAGGAGAUGA